AUGAUAAAUGCCAACUUGGUGAAGGGUACUUGGGAGGUGAUCACUAUUGAGAAUGCUCAUAAUCACAGCACUGUCAGCCCCCAAAAAUCUAGAUGCUUUAGAUUGCACAAGCAUUUAGACGAAUACAGUCAGAGGAUGCUUGACUUGAACGACAGAGCUGGUAUUAGAAUGAACAAGAAUUUUAAUGCACUUGUUGUUGAUGCAGGGGGGUUCGAGAAUCUUGAUUUCCAAGAAAAAAACUGUCGAAAUUUUAUUGAUAAAGCCAGGAAAUUAAGGUUGGGUAAAGGGGGUGGAGAAGCACUUACUGAGUAUUUCAAGAGGAUGAGGUUACAGAAUGAUGGUUUUACAUAUAUGAUUGAUGUGGAUGAGGAGUUGAGAUUGAGGAAUGUGUUUUGGGCUGAUGCACGUAGUCGAGCAACGUAUGAGUAUUUUGGGGAUGUGAUCACAUUCGAUACGACAUACCUAACCAAUAGAUACGAUAUGCCAUUUGCUCCAUUUGUUGUGGUAAAUCACCAUGGACAGUCUAUACUAUUAGGGGCUGGAUUGCUUUCAAACGAGGACACAAGGUUGAAGACUUCCAUCCAAAGUGCCCUAUAUGAUUCACAGACAUGCACAGAAUUUGAGAUGAAAUGGGGGCAACUUAUUCAGAAGUAUGGACUUGGUGAUAAUGCAUGGUUGCAAGGGUUGUACAACUAG